AUGUAUAAUGAAACGACUAAUGAUCCGAGAAAGAAAAUGGGAAGUGAUAAAAAUGCACAGAUACCAUCAACCCAUCCUAUUUCGUUACGAAGAACCCGAAGUUCCUCGGAAGUACGCACGCAUUACAGUGCCGGGAGCGAUAAUAGAAGAGGAAGACCAACGAUGACAUAUGAACAUCAACGGGAAACUCCAACACAGAGAAGACCGAUGAUUGCGGGGAGAAAACGUGUUUCUGUUGUUAUCGAAGAAGGAUUAGAAUGCUACGGUGAUGGGUGUGGAGUUUUCAAUUCGAGUUUGAGAUGUGGAAGGGAAAAGGGAAGGAAAUGCUGGGAGGAUUUAUGGGGAAGAUUUAGGAGGUUGUAA